CUAGAGGGCGUUUACCCUGGACAACGCGGGAGGGAGGGGACGGGCCCAGAGCGAGCAGGCAGGAAUGGAGAAGAGACGGCGGCGGCGAGCAGGGGACACGCCGUAAAAAACACCGAGCGAAGGGGCUGGGAGACGAGAGCUGCCGAGCGCAGAGGGGGAACGGCGCCCGCUUUUAUCCCCGUUGGCCCGAGAGGAAGGCGGCCCAGCCUUUCCACCGAAACCGCUCGGGCGUUGCGAGGUUGCAGCCUCAUCUUGAUGAAGAGGAAGUAAGAAACCUGACACUGAGGGUGCUCUCUUACGGAGACCCAUGUCGCCUCAUUGUGCCCUAUUCCUAGGGGCCUUCCAGUAUGUCCUGGUUUAGUGGCAUCCUGGUGCCCAAAGUGGACGAGCGGAAGACUGCUUGGGGGGAGCGCAAUGGGCCCAAGCGCCAUCGCCCAGCACUUUGCGGCCCACGCUACAUGAGCUGCCUACAGGACCAAGAGCUGGAGCGCAGAGGCAGCGGGGCGCUGGCGUUGAACUGUUCUUGGCAGGAAGACCACUAUGGCAGGAAACAACCGCCGUCGCUUCCGCCUGGUUCUGGAACCGGAGAUUUGGGGCUCAAAGCUGUGGACCUGGGAUUUGAGGAUGGUGGCGGCAUGGGGGUUGAGACCAAGAGGCUGUCUGUCAGUGACUGCGGCUGGCACCUCCUGCAAGUGUUCCGCUCUAAGCGCUUCCGCUCAGCCAAGUUGGAGCGCCUCUACCAGCGCUACUUCUUCCAGAUGAACCAGAGUUCGCUGACGGUGCUGAUGGGCGUCUUGGUGCUAGCGUGUGGCAUCAUGCUGCUCUUCCACUGUGUGCCUGGCACUCCCUUUGUGUCCUACACCACUGCCCUUGCCGUGGCUGCUACCCUCUUCCUCUCCCUCAUGGUCCUCUGCAACCGGACUGGCUUCCACCAGAACUGCAUGUGGGUGGUGAGCUAUCUGGUCAUUGUGGCGCUGUGCGGAGUGCAGGCUUUGGGCACGCUUAAGGUCUCGCCACGGAGUGCCUCCGAGGGGGUCUGGUGGAGCAUCUUCUUCAUCUACAUCAUCUACACCCUUCUGCCCGUGCGCAUGCGGGUGGCAGUGCUGGCUGGAGCCUUACUGUCCGUCCUUCACCUGGUGAUUUCUUGGUACCAGAACAAUACAGAUUCCUUCGUUUGGAAGCAGCUUGUUGCAAAUGCUUUGAUCUUCCUCUGUACCAACAUCAUUGGUAUCUGCACCCACUAUCCAGCUGAAGUGUCACAGCGCCAGGCCUUCCGGGAAACACGUGGCUACAUCCAGGCUCGACUGCACUUACAGCGUGAAAACCGUCAGCAGGAACGACUUCUGCUCUCAGUGCUGCCCCAACAUGUUGCCAUGGAAAUGAAGGAGGACAUCAACACCAAGAAGGAAGACAUGAUGUUCCACAAGAUCUAUAUCCAGAAACAUGACAACGUCAGCAUCCUCUUUGCUGACAUUGAGGGCUUCACCAGCUUGGCAUCCCAGUGCACGGCACAAGAACUGGUCAUGACGCUGAAUGAACUGUUUGCUCGGUUUGAUAAGCUGGCUGCGGAAAAUCAUUGCCUUCGCAUCAAGAUCCUCGGGGAUUGCUACUAUUGUGUCUCAGGGUUGCCAGAGGCACGGGCUGAUCAUGCCCAUUGCUGCGUGGAGAUGGGUGUUGACAUGAUUGAGGCAAUUUCGCUGGUGCGGGAAGUGACGGGUGUCAACGUCAACAUGCGUGUUGGGAUCCACAGUGGUCGUGUGCACUGUGGAGUGCUGGGGCUGCGCAAAUGGCAAUUUGAUGUCUGGUCUAAUGAUGUCACCUUGGCCAAUCACAUGGAAGCUGGUGGCAAAGCAGGGCGGAUCCACAUUACCCAGGCAACUCUGCAGUACCUGAAUGAAGACUAUGAAGUAGAGCCAGGACACGGGGGUGAGCGCAAUGCUUACCUGAAGGAGCAUAACAUUGAAACCUUCUUCAUUGUGGGCUGCAGCCAGAAACGGAAAGAAGAGAAAGCAAUAUUAGCCAAGCUGCAGCGAGCCCAGGCAAAUUCCACCGAAGGGCUGGUGCCCCGUUGGGUCCCCGAGCGCUCGUUUCCACGGAACAAGGACUCUAAGGCGUUACGACAGAUGGGUAUUGAUGAUUCCAGCAAAGACAACCGAAGUACACAGGAAGCCUUAAAUCCUGAAGAUGAGGUUGAUGAGUUCUUGGGCAGGGCCAUUGAUGCCCGAAGUAUUGACCAGCUGCGUAAAGAUCACGUCAAACGUUUUCUGCUCACUUUCCAGAAACCUGAGUUGGAGAGAAAGUAUUCCAAAAAGGUGGAUACCCGCUUUGGUAGCUACGUGGCUUGCACCAUGCUAGUCUUCUGCUGCAUUUGUUGCAUCCAGAUAGUCAUCUUCCCGCAUUCAUCUCUGAUGCUUGGAGCCUACAUCACUAUCUUCAUCAUCCUGGCCUCCAUUCUUUUUGUGUGUGCCAUUUAUUCCUGCCUUGGUCCCUUUCCUGCCUUUUUGCAGCGUGUUUCUCGCAAGAUCAUCCAAUCCCGAAUCAACAGCACUAUUACUGGCGUUGCCUCCAUCCUGCUUGUCUUCAUCGCUGCCUUUGUCAACAUGUUUGCUUGCAGUCGGAUCCGGCUCCAAGACUGUGUGGUUAGAUUCUUCAACGUUACUCCGGCUACAGUAGAUCCCUGUUACCUCCAAGCUCUCAAUUAUACCUUGGCAUCAGAUACCCCACCCUGCCAGGGGAAGGAUGACUUGACCUGCAGUUUCCCUGAGUACUUCACUUAUUCGGUGUUGCUGAGUCUGCUGGCCUCUUCCAUCUUCCUGCACAUCAGCAGCCUUAGGAAGCUGGCACUGCUGGUGACGAUGGAGGUGGUGUACUUGAUACUGGCUGAGGGCCCACAGGGCGUGCUGUUUGACAACUAUGACUUGCUAGUGGCCACUAAUGCUCUGUCAGCCUUCAAUGAGACUGAACCCUGUUCCUCGGAGAAGAAAGUACCUCUGCAGUACAUGACCCCUGUUAUCCUGUUACUUUUUGCUUUGGCCCUUUAUCUUCAUGCCCAGCAAGUUGAAUCAACAGCACGCCUUGAUUUCCUCUGGAAACAACAGGCUACAGGUGAGAAGGAAGAGAUGGAAGAGCUGCAGGCUUAUAAUCGUCGUCUGUUACACAACAUCUUGCCCAAAGAUGUGGCAGCUCACUUUCUGGCACGGGAGCGCCUCAAUGAUGAGCUGUACCACCAAUCGUGUGAGUGUGUGGCUGUCAUGUUUGCCUCGAUCAGCAACUUCUCUGAGUUCUACGUGGAGCUGGAAGCCAACAAUGAGGGUGUUGAAUGCCUUCGAUUGCUCAACGAGAUCAUUGCUGACUUUGACGAGAUCAUCAGUGACGAACCAUUCAGGCAGCUUGAGAAGAUCAAGACAAUUGGAAGUACUUACAUGGCAGCAUCAGGGCUAAAUGAUAGCACCUAUGAUCGAGAAGGGCGCUCUCACAUCACUGCACUGGCCGACUAUGCCAUGAGGCUCAUGGAGCAGAUGAAAUAUAUCAAUGAACACUCUUUCAAUAAUUUCCAAAUGAAAAUUGGACUAAACAUUGGGCCAGUAGUGGCUGGUGUGAUUGGAGCCCGAAAGCCACAAUAUGACAUCUGGGGCAACACUGUAAAUGUUUCUAGCCGUAUGGACAGCACUGGCGUCCCUGACCGCAUUCAGGUGACAACUGACCUCUAUCAGGUAUUAGCUGCCAAAGGUUAUCAAUUGGAGUGCCGUGGAGUCAUCAAAGUCAAGGGCAAAGGCGAGAUGACCACCUAUUUUUUGAAUGGAGGCCCUACCAGUUAGCAAGAACCUUUGUAACCAAGAAAACUUUUAAGCUGGGCUUAAGCAGCACUGGGUAGAUUGGUUCUCUCUGUUUGAUCUGAAUUUUAGAACCAAACUUCUAGAAAGGAGAGUCCUUGUAUUUCCAUCAUGGCAUCCUUGACGGUGUUGACAAAGAGAAGAUGAGUGUGGUCCCUCUGCCCCUCAAGAGACAUAUUUUUUAUUUAUUGGGAGCAAAGGCUAAUUUGGAGUGCCCCUCCUCCUGCUGGGCCCAUUUCUUUGGGAUCAGGAAAACAAACUCAUUCUUGUACAACUUACUCCUCUCCUAGCAUUGACCAAACAAUCUGGCGAGGGGAAGCUAUAGCACCGAUUUAUAAAUCUCUGGAUCCAGAAAGCUGAUAUUUUCACUUCAAUUCUGAAGAGGGCCAUUCCUCCCGCUCACCUCUCCCCAGGGUUACUCGGAUGCUCUUGAAAAGAGGCCGUAUUCCUCUUGCGGUGGCACUUUACCACAACUUUGGGAAGUUCAUUGACGCUGCUUGUCCUCAAAUGCCUAUUGAACAUCGCAUUAGAACGUCACAUCUCUCACAGCAACACCUGCUUAGUCUGUUUUUUGCACACAUGCACACACACAUUUGUCACUGUGAAGUUCAGGAAUGUGUAUUUCUUUGGAAAGGGUGGUGGUUUGGGGAAGGGAGGGUACAGUUCUUAUUUGCCAAACUGCUGUGAGGAAAGAACGGUCAGGUUUGAGGUGCUUCAGAUAAAAAAGGGACCUCGGGACUCUGGCUUUGAUACCAAAGAAAAGGUGUGGGGUGACACAGCUUGUUUUCUCUGCCUGCUCUGCCUUUCCAAAAUAGGCAGAGAAAAAGAGAUCAUCCCACCUUAUGGAAGAGCAAAAGGAGGAGAUAGACCUGCGACCGGAGGAAGUGCUUUGAUAGGCUUACCUCUUUCACUUUCUGCAGGAAUUCCCCAAAAGAAAAACAAAUGGCCAUUGUUAGCUCCUAAAUGCGGACGACAGAACCUGUUCCUUCCACGUGGGACUUUUGUUACAGCUGUUUCCCACCCACCUACAAUUUUCCGCAAAGUUCCCUAUCUGAUGGUCUUCCUGACAUUCUUUUUAUAGGCUGUUUAAGUUAGGGGAGGGAAUUGAAACGUUUGCAUUGAGCGGUCCAGGAUGGAGGUGUCGUGAAUCCUUGUACUGCACCCCCUCCCCUGAUUUUGGCAGAGAGGAGAAGGGAAGAGGAAAGGGGUUACAAAUCAGCAACAAGAGCCAGUGUUACACACUAAUGUAACUUGGGGAGAAUUUAGAGAUGCAGAUGAGGGUGGGCCUUGAUUGUCCAAAGAUUGCUUGAAGAUUGGAGAAACUAAGCUUGAGUAUUGCAGUAAAAAUAAAUUUUUAAAAAAUGUUUGUACCUUUUAGAGAAGGGCAAGUGCACACAAUAAAAAGGGUUCCAUCCAGCGAUGGGAAUUCUGCACUUAGUGGGACUUGGUACUGCAUGAAUUUCAAUUCUAAAACUAUUUCUUCUACUGAUUACUGAAUUAACUCCAAUAGUGGGAAAGAGACUUUUGCCGGAUGAUGAAGAUAUGAAGCCUGCUUCAGUUCUGUGGCUUUAUUUUUUUGCCUUUGUUUUCUCCUUUAUGGAGAGGGUAUGAUUGUAAUCUCCAUGGUGCCUGCAACUUUCUUUUUUCCCCCCCUGAAGAGAUAUGGUAUCUUUUCUUUUGAUCCUGCCUGAAGGAACUCUUUCUCAUAACAACUCUUGAUUUUAUUGGCUGUAGCAUAUAUUUUUUACAAGAUGGGCUCUGCUGAUGAUGCUUUGAUCUUGUCUCUGCUGAGUCUACAAUUGGCACAUUUCAGCCUCUCUCCCUUUCUUGCCCCCCCAUCAAUGUCGACACUUUUGAACCAAGGGUGGGUUGGUGGGGUGUCAAUUCUUUUAUUAGAAGUGGCAGGUAAUAGGAGGAAAUCGAAGCAAUGGAGUGGUAUAAGAUAAUGUAAUAUUUCUGUUUCUCUUAAAGCAGAUGAGGGGGGGGGGAUUGAUAUGAAGUAUUUUUUUUAAGCAAGCUAGAGAGAUGGUGACAUUUUAAAUUGCUGGUUUAAAAAUCUCUCUUAAUUGCUUCAAAAAUUUUAAAGAAUUUCUUUUAAUGGAA